CUUAUUUCUUUACCAAGAAAAGCAAGCAAAUCAAAUCAAUCAAUAUUCAUUUUCAUAUUUUUUUCAUCAUCCAACAAUCAAUCAAAUCAGGCAGAUCUUUGCUGAAACAAAAAUCAUGUCAAGUGUUAAUGCAAUUUCGUGCAAUCUCAUAAAAAAAGCCAUCCCAUUAUAUGCAUUAUCCUCAACUACUAUUCCAAAACAUAGUAGAGUCGAUUCUAUACCACUUAAAGGACUCACUCCGAUGGCUACUUGGCAAAUUCCGGCGAAACAACCACCGCCGGAGGUUCCAACGGCGACUCCGAUGGAAACACCGACCGUUCCACCGGAAUUGCCCCGGAGGGCUAAUGGUCCGGAGUUUGACCCAAUACCACUUGAACAACCGGGUGAUCAACCACCAAUAUCACCCGGGCCGAACCCGGGAUUCCCCGGGCCUCCGAAUCCUUCACCGCCUAAUAAGCCUGAAGGGCCAGAUUUUCCGAUCCCGUCCCCACCGGAGCAACCGGAAGUGUUUCCGCCGCGCGGGCCGGACGUCAUUCCUCCGAAGCCUCCAGAACCAGGUGAAAUGCCACCACGGCAGCCGGUGAUUGAUCCGCCAACCGGGCCGGACUUCAUUCCGCCAGACCCGCCGGAGCCUGGAUUUCCAAAUCCAGUGACGCCUGAUAUUCCCCCUAUAAUUAUGUAGCCUCUCCCCGAU